CUUGCUCUCCUCCUCCUCCUCGUCUCCCCUCCUCCUCCCCCCAAGAAUCCCCUCGCCGGUUCCAAUUCUCGCAGAUCCGCCGAUUUCCCGGCCGAUCAGGAGUCAUUUUGCGUUCGUUGAUUCAAUAGAACCCUGGUUUCGUGUUCUUCCUCGCUAAACCCUCACAUUUCGACGGCCGCGUCGGGCUCGGUUCUCUGCUCGCAGCAUUGUGAGAUCAAUAUCAUGAUGUGGGUUAGCAUAGAAUGGAGUGAUUUCUGAUGCUAAUACAUAUGCUACCUCCACAUGUUCUCGGAUAAACUAUUCAGCGCGAGCUUACGCUUCUCCUUUCUUCUCUAAUCUGAAAUGGGGGAAGCAUCCAGGAACAUUCUGUAGAAUCAGGUGGCAAGAACUUGAUGCGAAUCAUGGAGGCCGAGCUGUGUUCAGCCCGGACCCUAUCUCCGUCGCGGGAGGAAAGUGGUGAUGAAGAGCUCUCGGUGCUUCCCAGGCACACCAAGGUCAUCGUAACUGGUAACAACAGAACAAAGUCUGUUCUAGUUGGGCUUCAAGGUGUUGUCAAGAAAGCUGUUGGUCUUGGUGGCUGGCACUGGCUGGUCCUAAAGAAUGGGGUGGAGGUGAAACUUCAAAGAAACGCAUUGAGCGUCUUAGAAGCUCCUACAGGAAAUGAAGACGAGGACGAUGAGAUUGACUAUGACAACUCGUUCUGCAGUAGUUCAGAUGUGGGAGACAAAGACAUCGAUUACUCUUGCUUAGAGUUUCAUAAGCCGACAAAGCCAAGGGUUAGGCACACCAGGCCAUGGACAUGUUCAGCAAAGUCAAAUGGCCGAAGCAGCAACUAUCGAGACACAACUCAUUCUAAUGGUCACAACUCUCAAACGAGGGUAAACUUGGCAAAGCUUGGAACACCAACCUUACUGAGAUAUUGGAGGCGCUUCAAUCUUGUGGGCAUCAACCCCAAACCCACAAAGGAGCAGCUGCUCCACGUUGUGCAGAAUCACUUCCUCUCGCAGCAAGUGGAUGAGAUGCAGGUCAUCGUCGGCUUCAUCCACGCCGCGAAGAGGUUGAAAACCCGCCAUAGGAAAAAGAAGGAACAACAAGGUGGUGGGUUGAGGCAGGAUUGAUGCGAGUAUUCACGAUAUGUAGAACUGGUGGUGGAGUCAGAGAUCAUGGUUCGAACGCCCAAUCAGCUCAAGUCUGCUCACCUACUAAUUGUAGUGUAAUGAUGCUAACCGUGGUGUGUGAUGAUUUGUAGUCUUGUACUUAGGGACCUAUGUAUUAGUCUACUGGUGCCAAUCUUCAUCUCUGUGAGUCAUGUGGGUUGGUUGAGUCUUUUUCUUGGGGAAGGUGACGGUGGUGGGACAAGCUGCGUGCAGAGAGAGAGAAAGAGUUACGUACCCGUCUUGUUGUUGGCUGUUGGGCAGUGUGCAAGGCAGGCCGGAGAAUACAAUAUUCUCCGGGCCUCACGCUCCACUUGUCUUCUCCCACGACCACACCACUCACCAUUGGAUAAGGCCCGCCCUGCCUUGCUGCCUGCCUGCGCCACCACCAGCAUGAGCAGAAGCAGAUAAAAAGUGAGAUCAAACUGGAUUCUGCUUUUGUUUCGUCGCGCCAUUGAAUUGCUCAGUUGAGGACUUGAUCUGAUGUGAUGUAGUGAGUGGUUCCAUGGUCUCUGUAAGCAGGAGGUACAACGGUAAAUUGCAGGGACAAGCUUUUUACUUGUGAGCCUGUUGCAAAGUUGUCCUUCUCGUUGGAAACAUAGGCAAAGAAAUAAAAAUCGUAAGCAUCGGUUUGUACCUAAA